UGGCGCUUUAGCUGCAGAACGAGAGUCCAGUUGGAUUCAUUUACUCCCGUUUGCUGGGCUGGGGGGCCGAGGAUCGUAAGUGGGCAAAACAGUGUGGAAGGAAAUUCGACAUAUGAUUAGGUGUGAUAAAUCACAGUCACAGAGAUUUGGUGGGUCUUUGCUAAAACCUGAUGACGUCCCACACGGCGCAGGCUGGCACGAUGCCCGUCGCUCCGGACUCUCCCUCUCUGGGUGUUACUGUCAGCGGCAAUGUGCAAAAAUACAGUAUAAAGAAGAAGAAGGUGCUGAAUGCGGAGGAGAUGGAGCUGUUUGAGCUCACUCAGGCUGCAGGGAUAGUCAUAGACCAAGAGGUCUUCAAGAUCAUCGUGGACCUUUUGAAGAUGAAUGUUGCACCGCUGGCCGUCUUCCAGACCUUAAAGGCAAUGUGUGCAGGUCAGAAGAUUUCAGACACGUCCCUUGGAGACACAUCGACAGCAUCCCAUUCCGCCACCGCCCCCUCCGAGUCCAGAGAAGAGGAUCCUGUGGUCUCAGACAAGAGCGCUAAAAAAACAGCUCCCCAGGCCCCUCCCGCUGGCCCUGCCGCCCGCCCUCAAAGGGGAGGGGCUAAGAUAGUGGUCUACGGCCCUGGCGACCAGAGCGCUCCUCUCUCUCAAGGUCCUCCCUCUCCUCCUUCACCAUUCCUCGCUUUUCACUCGCCUUUGUACUUUCACUGCCGCCGACAUUCUCCGCAUAUUCCAAUCCUCUUUCUUCCUCCCUCUAUCUCACUGACUCGUAUGCCUGCAGGUUCUUUCUUUGUCUUUUUUCCUUCACUUCUCUCGCGCUCUCAGUCUGUUUCAGCUCAGAGUGCAUGAUUCAGUAUUUCUGUCCUCUUUUUCCGUUUGUCUCUAAAGCUGCUCUCCAUAUGCUAAAUAAUUAACGUUUAAGUUUGUUUGAUUGGGUUCGGAGCACUUAAGCCCUCGGCUUCUUCAAAUUCUCUACAUAAUUUAGUCGAUGGGAUGUAAACAGAGUGAUUCAGAGUGGUUUGAUGUGAAAUGGUAUUGAUUUCUUUACAGUGGUGGUGAUAGGAACCAGGGGUCGCCAUGACUACAACACAGAUAUAGACAUUUACUAUCCAAAACCACCAGUGAACCUACACGAGUCUUCUGAGUUUUAUGUGGAAUGUUGAUGAUGGUGACUGUUUUGCUAUGUGACACUGCGUGUACCUGUCCACCAUCAAUGUAUUAAAAAAAAAAAGGUUUUAUGCCAAGAGCUUAUCUCAGAACUACUGUGAAACAAUGUCUCAGGCAUCAGGCAGCGUAUAGAUAACAACUUAAUGCAGUAAAUUUCCUGGGAGUGAGCUUUAAGCCGGGCCUACACAACACAAUUUUUGCCCAAUUUUAACCCCGAUUUGCCUCUUGCAACCAAUUCUCACAGUCUGAAGCAAUUUUCCAGGUCAGGAGCUCGAUCGGAAGCCGAAUAUCCAAUAUUAUCCAACAUGUUUAAUAUUUACGACUCUAAACGAUCACGAGUCCUGUAGUGUGAGAAGGUCAAAGUGUCCUGAAGUGUUUCAAACAACAGCCAAUCAGAGAGGUAGAAGAGCGGAGAAAAAGGCGAAGAGACGCACCUGAACAGCAGAGCGGAGACAGAGGAGCUGCGUGUAAAACACAGGCAGAUAAGAGCUGUUAUCAUGUUUAUAAUGUAUAGAUUUCCCUUUACAGUUUC